AUGUCACAUUACGGAAGGCGUCCAAGCUCAUCGUCCCAUCUGAUGGCGUCCAGCUCAGCCAGUGCAAAGUUUCUCCUGCUAUACGAAUCCCUUCCACCUGAUGAACAGUAUGCUCUCGUAGAGAGCUCGCUUGCACCGCUCCUCAAUGUGGUUUCUAAAGAGAAAUCAAACCGCACUCUGGCAUCAGCAGCACGUAUGCACAAGAAAUAUGUCAACAUGCCGUCCUUGAACUUGAAAGCCAAAAAGAUGGAGGUCACUUCACUCCUUGAUGAGCUCGCCCGCGACAACAAACGUUCUUACGUGAAAGAACAGUCGCGCAAAGAAGAACUCCUUGCGGAAGUCAUCGAGAGCGUCAUCGACUGGCUCAAUGAUAUCUGGAGAGUCGUAUACGAGUACGGUACAAACUUUUCAAAGGCCCAUGCUUGUCUCUUGUACGCGUCUCAAGCGGUCGAGCAGAUCGGGAACGCGCGCGUCGGAUGCAAGUGUUCUUUCAUGAACAUGUACAUCUCUGUAAAGAUCAGACGUGCCUCCGGCAAGGUCGUCAAGUCCUUCCAUUUCACCGGCGCGCACAACCUCGAGCGUGUCAUGCUUUGGAUUUGGCGCGACCUUUUUAUAGUCAUACUUGCCGAUGGCACUAAGCGUCAGAAGGCUACUAUUCCAGAUAUGCUCGACGAUAUUCGCGCCGAAUAUGGCUGGAAGGCUCUCGAACGAUUACUCUACGGUGGCCAAAAACCCGAUGACGACGACGAAGAUGAUGACUAUGACUACUAUGAUGAUGUUGAUUAUGACGAAGACCACAGCGAAGACUACACUGACACUGAUGCAAAAUCCGAUGGCACCGCUUGCAGCGAUUCUAACUGUCCUUGUGGAUUCCACGCGUCUCAUUGGUCUAACAAAUUCAACGACGUUCGCAUCUCUUUGCGCAAUCUCAUCCGUACCUCCCUCGUCUCUCUCUUUGCCAUCAUGCCCAGUCCAAUCCUCUUCGCAAGUAUCGGCGACAUAUCUGAAGCGGAUGGAAUGGACGAUGACGACCUCUGCGAAGAGCUCCUCCCCACCCUCAUGCGUGUAGCCACCUACAGCUCCGAGAAUUAUGCCACAGCACUGCAUAUAUGUGCACUGCAUGCGCAUACAGAUAACCUUAAUAGUCUACUCACCAGCCACGCCCACCUUCUGCGUCCCCGUGACACGCCCGCACACCAGCUAGCCAUCAUAGUCCUUGCCACACAACCAUCCUACCAGCUAAAUGCACUGCGCAUCGUCGAGAAAGAACUGCUCGACACUGUGCACGCCAUACGCGCCGCUGUACGGAGCGCAUUUUGCCAUAUCGAUCUUGAGGCCAAUAAGACGGAGCUCGCCGAGAUCGUAGCAUUGCGUCUGGAGGCACUGGGGCGACGAGGGCGGAUAGAACGCUGGGUCGGUGCUGUGGUGACGCCUUCAAGUGAUACCGCCCAUCCGAUGGCGCUGGCGGCACUCAUGAUGGGGCUUCCUCUCCCCCCCGGGAUGGAAGGGGCUAUGGACGAUUCCGAUCCGCUCGGAUACAUUGACAUGGAUAUACAAGAUCCGGAACUGGAUGACCUGCGGGAAGAUUUCCGUCCAAACCUGAAGGCACGCCUCGAUGGUUGGAUAGAAGCGGGCCGAACAAUCAAGGGAGGGGUUUCGUUGUUGUUGAAGGUGUAUACUGUUAUUUUGGAGAUGAUGCCGUUCAUGGGUGUGCCGGAUAUAGUGGAUGAGAUGACGAGAGAACUCUCCGAAAGACCAAGUAAAGUCUUCCUCUGCGAUGCACUUGAUGCUCUUUGGGAUUUCUGUAGGCAGCAGAGGCGCAAGUUCGCAAAACCUAAGAGCAAGUUGAAGCCGCCCUGCACCCCCAAUACUUCGCAAGCAUCAGGCCAAUCGAGUGAUUCUGGGGGAGUGACUUUCGUCACGAUAAAUAACCCGCAGCAGUCUUGUCCGGGAGGAGUAAUGGACGAUGUCGAUUGA